AUGAACAAAUUGGUUCUAAAUAUUUAGUUCUCUUAAUAAGUUAAGUUUAAAAUCGCUUUUGAUGCUUCAAAUUAAAAGACAUUUGAUUAAUUAAAGCAAAUUUGUGUUCAAAGAUUAGAAGCCUUUUAUAAAGUAAUGAUAAUAUUUUAAAUAGAUUUCGCCUGAUAAUAUUAAGAAUACAUUGCCUAGUAUUUUUGAUCCUUCAUAAUACCAUCUGACAGAUUAAACUAACUUUAUAUUAAGUGAUUUAGAUUUAGUUGAAGACUUAUGUUCAAACAAUGAACUAAUAAAUCUGGUGUACAACUAAUCUUUAUCAACAUCAAUUUUAGAUCCACUUAAAACUUCUAACUUGAGUAUAGGAUCUUAACUAAAUACUUAAUCAACAUAAUAAUAAUAAUAAUAAUAAUAAUAAUAAUAAUAGACAAUACCUCCUUAAUAAUAAAUAUAAUCCCCUCAAUCAUCAUAAUAAGUUAAAAAUAUUGUUUAACCUCUUUAUAAGCCUUAAUAAAUAGAUGAUGGUAUGAUGGAUGAAAUUGGUAAAAAUUAAUUAAAAAGGAAAUUCUAUUUAGAUACUUCAUAAUGGAAUUCAAUUUAAUAAAUCUAAAGUGAUAUAGAAAUAAGCAUUAAGUUCUUAUAAGCUGAAGAUUAGACAAUUUAAUAUAAUUUUGGUUGUUCAUUAGAAGAUACUUUAUUCAAUGUAUCAGUAAAGAUUUGCAAUUAACUUUAAUUGAGUUAAGAUUAGAAUCAUGCUAUUUUAUAUAAUUUAAGUGGUUUACCUUUGGUUAAUAAUAUGAAUUAACUUCAUCAAAAGACUGUUGAUGAUACAAUUAGCAAACUUUAAAGUAAGGUUUUCUAUGUUAUAAUUACCAAAUGUUCAGCUGGAGAUAAAUCAUUUCCUAAAAUAGAUUCUGAGGAAGGAAAAGAUCAAAUUUUUAUUCUUCAUUAAGGUCCAAAAGUAAUUAAAGUAGAUAUUGAAACAACAACUGUAUUAUAAUUAAAAUAAAAAUUAUAUCAUAAACUUAAUAUACCUACAAAUGUUUAAACUUUGAAUUAUGGUGGUAAAUUACUCACAGAUACCUUAUUACUUAAAGAUUAUAAUAUUUAAAACAAUUCAAAUUUGAAUUUAACAUUUAAAUUAAAUUAAUUAGUUGGUCAUGCUGAUAGUUAUAAUUAUAAUUUUUAUAUGCCUUGGUUAAACCAUUAUGUAAAGUAGAGUGAUGAUGGCAUCAGAUAAUUUAGAUGCAAUAUGCUAGUAUUACUUGCUAAGGAAGAUCAACCCAAAUGGACAUAUACUAUUAGAUAAUACUCAAAUAAUCCUGCACUUACAUUAGCUUGUGUUUGUUUGUUUAGAAAAUAUAGACUAAAUUAAAAUGCUCGUAUAGCUUUUGAAGAAGGCUUUCUUAGAUUAUUUUUUGAUUUAAUUAUUUAAAGUUCUUAAGUACCUGCUACAUUUGAUAUUGGAUCUAUUUUUGAGUAUACAAGAUAAUGGAUUCAAUUUUUACAUAAUGAAGCAGCUAAAUUUAAAGAAGCAGACAUUAAACCAGUUGAAAUUUAUAGAAAUAUUGAUUAUUCUUGUUAAGUUACCUUAAGUCCCAUAGAAAAUCCAGCUUUUCUAUCUUUAAAUUAAAAUGAUGAUAUAAAUGCUUAUUAGAUAGUAGAUUACAAUAUUGUAAAAGGUAAAUAAGAAACACAAGAAAAACAUGCUAAUGGAAAAUUAUUUUCUGAAUUACAAUUAAUUUAAGAUCCUAAUUUAACUGAAUAAUUUAAGAUAGUUAAAUUCUUAGAAAAAGAAGAUCUUAUAUGGUUACCUUAAGUUGAUUUAAAAGACAACAGAGAACUUUAAGCAAUACCAGCUGAAUGGCAUAAAAAUGAAGAUUUAAAAAUAAACAUUUUAAAGAUUUAUAGUUCAGUUGAAUUGAAAUAACAUCCUGUUGCUCCUGUUCUUACUAAGAAUUCAUAAAAAUAAUUAGUUAUAUAUACAUCUAUGAACAAAGAUGUAGCCAAGCCUGUUAAUUUAUUUGAUCCAUUAUCUGGUAUGGAAUAACCUGAAAAUCCUGAUUAAAUUGCUUAUAAUCAAGUCUUACCAAAUAAAAGUACUUCUGUAAAUGAUGAUGAUGAUGAUGAUUCAUCUAUUUAAUUAGUUACUUAGAUAACUAUUGAACCAGAAGAAGCUAUUAUUGUAUUAAUUGAUAUUUCUGGUUCAAUGGAUGAAGAAUUCUAUAAAAGUGAAGAUUUGACAAGAUUAGGAGUUGUUAAAGCAUUUUUUAAUGCUUUUGCUGAUAGAACUAUGGCAUAUAAUCUUAAAAAUGUUAUUUCUCUUGCAUAUUUUGAUGAUAGAUAUAUUUUGAAAUGUGGUUAUACAGAACUUUUCAUGUAAUUUAAGGAUCUAGUUAAUAAAGCUAAACCAUAAGGUAUGACAGCUUUAUAUGUGGCUCUUAAAAAUGCUGUUGAUUCCCUUUUAUAAUUUAAAAAGAAGUAUCCAAAUUGUAUAUUGAGAAUUAUUGCACUUACUGAUGGAGAAGAUAAUAAAGGUAAAUAUAGUCCAGAAUUUAUUGCAUAAACAAUUGUUUAAAAUUAGAUUAUCCUUGAUUCUUUUGUAGUAUAUGAUAAAUGUGAUGGUUUAAAAUAAAUCACAAAAGCUGCAGGUGGAUAGUGCUUCUGUCCUAAAACAAUUUAAGAAGGUUUGAAAUUAUUUGAGUAUGAAACAAUCUUAUCAGCUAAAAUAAGAAAAUCAUAGGAACCAUUAACAAAUGCUUAAAUUACUGCAAUUUUCUAAUAAAAUCCAUAAACAAUAUAAUUUGAUGUUUAACCUAGAGAAUUUGAAUUACCUUUAGAAUUAAAAAAAUAAUCUAUCAAUCCUAAAUAAUUAGUUAGAAGAAUUAGUUCUGAUUCAUAAUAACUUAAUUUAAUUGCUCCUCAUAAUUAUUUAAAAAGAGUGAUGAAAGAAUUGAUGACAUAUGAAUAAAAACCUCAUCCUUUUGUUAAAGUUUUCCCUUGCACUCAUGAUGUUUCAUUCUGGAAGAUAAUUAUGGCUGGUCCUGAAUAAACUCCAUAUUCAGGUGGGAUUUAUAUUUUGUAUAUGAAAUUUCCUUAAGAAUUCCCAUUACAACCACCUGAUCUAAGAUUUUUAACUUCUAUUUAUCAUUGUAAUAUCAAUAGCUAGGGAAGAAUAUGUCAUAGUAUUUUAGGUAGAAACUAUACUCCUGACACAAAAGUUCUAUAAAUCUUUGAAGCUGUUUAUGGUAUUUAAAUAAUAUAAAUUAUUAGGUCUUCUCAUGACUCCUGAACCUGAUGAUCCUUUAGAUACUACUAUUGCUUCUGAGUACAUGCAAGAUUUAAAGUUAUAUUAAGAAAAAGCAACAAAACACACUCUUAAAUUUGCCAAGAGACCUAUGGAUGAAGUGUUGAAAGAAAUAUUAGGCACUGUAGGAGAGGAUCUAGAUUUGAGUGAUAUUGAGUUGUAAGAGAAGAUUAACGAAAUUAAUAAUUGGAUUAAUAAUGCCAGUAAACCAUAAUGA